GGUUUUGUGACAGAAAUUAGUUUCCUUUUCUUUAAUUUUGUUUUCCUUUUUACUCUCGUAGUGAACUUCCCACCUAUGCCCCUCUCACAUCUCAUCUCUUUCUCUCUUUUAAUAUCGAUCAUAUUCUGCCUUUUUAUUAAUUUCAGCAUCUUCUUCUCUACCCCCCAUAUCUUUUCAACAGGAGGAAGACAAAACAUUGGUACCAUGUUUCUGUCCUAGCUAGUGUAGUACAAGGAGUGCACCUAAGCUAGCUCAAAGCAUCUGGUAAAAGGAAUUGACUAGAAUUGUCAACUACACAUUGAGGUCAAUCUCCAAUAUGAAGUUUCCCAAAAGCAUAGACCUGGAAAUUGAGGUCCAAGAUGACGAUGAUUCAGGUAACAACAGCCAGCUUGAUUCCAACAUAUCUGUUCAAACAACCAUGACACGUCCUGUCCAAAAACUGGAAACAUCCCACACUUAUGAUCCUAUUUCCCUUGAAUUGAGUCUAAACUUCAACUCGAACAUGUAUAAAUUUGAAUCAAAAAAUUCAAUGGGAAGAUCGAUAUCGACUACAAGUAAAAGCACAAACCACACAGAAACUCAUGCAACCCCAGGAUCCCUACCAAGAGUUUUUCCUUGCAAUUAUUGUCAGAGAAAAUUCUUCAGCUCACAAGCUCUUGGGGGUCACCAGAAUGCGCAUAAAAGUGAGAGGAUGCUUGCAAAGCGUGCUAUGAGAAUGGGUAUUUUCUCUGAGAAGUAUGCAAGCCAGGUUGCGAAAUUUCCUCCCCAUGGAGCUUCAUUAAGAUCUCUCGAAAUCAAAGCGCAUUCGUCACAACACCAAACAUUUGUGCCACCAUUUACGAGGAUGCCAACAGAAAUUAACAGCAUAUCUCCAAGAUACAUAAAUGGAAUUAUAGAAUUUCCUAUAUAUGUGGACGAUGACGGAUAUGAUCAUAUGUUGUGGCCGGGAAGCUUCCGUCAAGUGGAUGCAACAGUCAGUGUUCUUGAUUUACUGCCGAAAACAGUCAGUGUUGUUGAUGCAACAGUCACUCCUGAUCUUACUUUGAGACUUUAAUUUUUUUUUUUUUUUUUGUACUAAUAUUAACUAUCUUUUUUAAUUUUAUUUUCUAUGGAUUCUUGUUGGUACAGUUAUUUGUUGUUAAGCAUGUGAUAAUUAAACCUACCAAGAAAGUCGGCAUUAAUUUAACAUUUCUUCUCUUUUUCCGUCGGACCCGAUUUGGCUUCCUUUUGUGGGUUUAUGAGUUUUUGACAAAAUAGAGAUAUUAGAAAAAAUAUUUACUAAUUUUAUAUAUUUUAAAAAAUAUUUACGGAACUAGUAUUUCAUUUUAUGUUUCUUUACUUUUCAAUUUUCUUAAUGCUUUUUUAUUUUAAAAAUCAUCUAUUUUUCUUUUAUUACUUUUUGAUUGUUUCAAUUUCUUUUUUUUAAAUAAAUUUUUUUUAUCAUUUUUACUUCUUUUUUUUUUCCAUUUUUUAUUGUUUUUUUAAUAACAGUUUUUAUGAGUACAUACCAAACAUCUAGUUUAGUCAUACAAAUCAUCUAAUUUGACAAUAUAAUCAUAUACUACAAGAAUAAAGGGUAUUAGUGGCGAAAAAAAGUCGCCGCUAUUGCUCACCAAAGUCGCCGCUAAUAGCUUUAUCGGUGACAUGUCGCCGCUAUUGAGUCGCCGCUACUGUCUUGUCGUUAUUGAUCAAAAAGUCGCCGCUAACACUCACUGUCGCCGCUAAUGAUGAUGUCGCUGCUAAUACUCUUGUCGACGCUAAUAAUGUCGAAGCUAUUGCCUUUUUUUUUAUUUUUUUUUAAAAACAUUCAUUUUCGGCUGUCCAAAAACCGAUACAACCAUCAACACACUCCAAAUUGCACAUAAAUACACACAUACAUACAUUAUACAUAAAUAUAUACUUUUUAUACAUAUAAAACAACCAUCAACACACUCCAAAUUGCACAUAAAUACACACAUACAUACAUUAUACACAAAUAUACAUACUUUUUAUACACAUAAAACAACUAUGAACACAAUCCAAAUUGCAUACAAAUACAUACAUACAUACAUUAUACACAUAUACGUAAAUUUUUUAC